AUGGAUUUCGAUAAUAGGACACUUGAAGAGGUGAGUUUUUUUUUCGAUUUGUUUUUUUUUCGCCAUUUUUUUCGACAAGAAAAAAAGGUUUGCACUUUUUUCUUGUCUCAUUUUCAAAAGGAAGUUCGAAGUAAUCGAAUUUUGGUACUCCAUUUUUUGUUUUGUUUUUUUUCUUUGAAAAGGAAUCUUCUCAAGAUUACUGUAGUUCAUUUCAUUUCAUUGCUUUUCAAGACUUCCUUUCCAGAUAAUUCGGAAUCCAAAUUCGGAAAUGGAAUAUUUUACCAACGAUUGGGAUAAUUGCACUUUCGGAAAUUACACAAACAAUGAAACAUAUUAUUGUUCACCAGAUAAUGGUACAGCGGUUAUGUUUGAAACGCAUCCAGUGAGUUUUUUCCCUAUCUUUUCACUAAAAUUUUCUGAUCGUUUCUCGUCACCGUCGAUAGCUCAGUUGGUAGAGCGGAGGACUGUAGAGUCAGUGGGUAUCCUUAGGUCGCUGGUUCGAAUCCGGCUCGACGGAAUGUUUUUUGUUUUUUUUUUCAUUUUCUUUUUUUUUCCUUCGUCAUUCAUCUGAAAACCCUCUUAUGUAAAAUAAAUGUACAUCCCUAACCCAUCCAUUUGGGGAUCAACAGCACACAUCGGCCCGUAAUAGGAUUUCAGGACAUAUAACCCCUCUUUUUGUUAUAUGUGAGUGACAACAAAAAAAAACGACACUCUAUACAUUUUUUUGGGGUUCUCUUUUUCAGUAAAAGAAAAAAGUAAGUAUUUUGUUUUUGCGCUUCAAUUUUUUCGGUUGUGAAUAUAUUUGGAAAAAACACACCCACAUUUGCAUAUUCUUUUUUUCUUCUUUACUCAUCUCUAAACCGGAAAUAAGGGAAAACAACUUGUUGAGUUUUUAUCCAGAUUUCUUUUUUCUGCAAGUUCAAAAAAUUCUAGUUUUUUUCACUUUCCAAACAAAAUAUGGGCGUGCCAGUUCCAGAUUGUUUUUCAACCAGAAAGGAAAAACGAAUCUAACCUUUUUCGUAUCCCGGAAACGGAAACACGAGUUCAAAAAUGCGUGAAAUAUUAUUUGGUGGUAUUUUUCUUCUGUUUUUCGUUCGGGCUAAUCCGGUUAGAUCUGGAAAUUUAAUAAUCUGAAAAUAAUAAUAAUAAUAGCUAAAGUUGUUUUUUUCAUGGUUUUUCGGAUUCAAAGCAUAGAGAUUAAAUUUUUCUCAAGUGUUCUAUGAAAUGAACAUUUUUGAAACUUCCCAGAAUUCUAUGAAUUGGGUAGAGGAUUUUCUCUAAGCUUGGCUACUAGAAAUAGCAGUUGACAAGGCGCCUUACAUAGCUACAGUAGCUCUGUUGCUUGUUUGAAAUUCGACUACUUGAAAAUCAAUAAAUUCGUGAUUUAGUUUAGCCCACAUGCAAACUCUUUUUUCAUUUUCCAAAAAAAAUCAUUUUUCCAAAAACGCUACAAUUUUUCGUGUGAACUAUUUACUUUCUGAGAAUUCUUAUGUCAGAAAAUAACAGAACAGCAUUCCAAAAUUCCAGUGGAUUAGAAAAAUCCGCAUUUCUUCCGGAUUUCGAUUGUGAUUUAUUUUUUCUAUUUUUUUCCAGUGAACAUGACCGUGGAGCACGAGAAAAAUCUCAUUUUCACGAUGUUUUUUGUCUUUUUUUGUGUCGUUGCUUUCUUAUUCGAAGAGCAUCAUCAUCACAAAUCAAAUUUCAUUCUCAUUCCUUUUUUUCACUGACAAAAAAACACGAAGAACAAAAAAAGUUAUCCUUCAAAGCAAAAAAAAAUGAAUCUCGUGCGUAGUUUCAGAAAAGCUGAAAAAUAAUGAAACGUGUCGUUUUCUUAUAGCCCCGGGCAAAUAUUUCCAUUAUUAUUAGUAUUCUUAUUUAUUUUUUCUUGUUUCUUGUUUCGCCCACUAAAAAUCACAAGUUGAGAGAAAGAGAAAGAGUUAUACAUCAUAUAAGUAAGUAUUUGUGGAACGAAUCAUUGAAUAUUUAUAUGUAACCCACCAGUUUUCCUAAAAACUUAAGUUGUCAUACAUUUCCGCUCGAUAUUUUUUCUUUUUUUUAUCCUAUUCUCAAUUGCUUUGAUUUUAUUGAACUCUUAUUUUCGUCUUUAUCUGUUUACUGUAAGGAAUUUGGCCUAGAAAACCACUGCACUUGAUUUCCUCUUCCACGGGUCUACUUUGAAAAAGUUUAUUGACAAUUAUAAAAAAAAAUAAAAAUACAAUUCAUAAAUGUUCCAAUCACUUCAGUUUUCUUUCAGACAGACUGAAAAAUCAUAAAUAAUUUGUUGUUAUUUUUAUGAUAUUACAUACAUAUUCGUUUUCUCCUAGCUUAUUCCUUUUUCAACAUCAGAUCAAAAAACUUUUUUCCUUUCGUAUUUUUUCUGGCCUUAAUAAGCUUUAUAAAUAAUUCAAACAGAAGAUCAGAUUUCUACUACUCCGCAACAUUUUUUUGUUCAAAAUGUCCUUUUUCUAUCAUCUUUUUUCUGGUUUCCUAUCAAAUUUACCUUGGCAAAAAACCAAGCGGAAUCACGCGCCUCAUUGGCUCAGUGGCAGAGCGUCUGUCUAGUAAACAGAAGGUCGCUGGUUCGAUUCCAGCAUGAGGCACCGAAAUUUUUUGGAAAAUUGUUCCAUCAUUUUUGAACCCUUUUCAAUUUUCAGAUGGCGAUAACGGUGCAAAUAAUUUGCGCCAAUCUUGGGUUCAUUUCGGUGUUUCUCAAUUUAUUCGUCAUCGCUGCUUUACUCAGAUACAGACAUCGUGUAUUAUCUAAUGUAUUCUAUGUGAUUGUAUUACACUGCGCAAUUCUUGACGUUGUCCGUGGAUGCUGUUUAAUAGUCUAUGGUCUUCCACACAUUGUUCAAUCAUUCAUUUUGAUAACAAUUCGAACAAAUAUAAUGCUCAUAAAAUCAUCCUUAUUUGCAUUAUUCCUAUUGAAAAUUUGUAACCUAUUGACGAUUUUUAAUCUUCUCGUUUUCACAACAAAUGAAUUCAUUGUGAUUCGAUAUCCAUUACAUUAUAGAAGAUAUUUCCGAAGAAAAGCUGUUUUUGUUAUUUUGGGCUGUUGGUAAGUUCUGAAACUCUUUAAUUUUUCUUCGUCUCAAUUCAUUUCAAUUCAAUUUUCCAGUUGGUUGAUCAGUGGAAUCAUUGGUUUCGGAUUUAUUUCCAAGGGAAAUGAUGAUGCAGCAACUUCGAGUUUAUUAUUUGUUUCAUUCUUCAGUCUUCUUGUUCUUGGAAUUGUCGUGGUUUGCUAUUCUUUUAUUCUUCGAACAAUUCGUCGUUUCAAAGAAGAAGGUUGUUUGAAUAAUGAUGAAAAUCAUCGAGUUCAUAAUCGAUCAGUUCAUCGACCAAUUAACAGUCAAUCUUCAAAUUGUUCGAAUGGUAGUAGGUAAGAAGAAUUUUUGCUCUUUGAACUUCCAAAAAAAAAACAAGCAAAAUUGAAUUUUCAGAUGGCGAGGAGUUCAAGCAAUGUCACGUCAUAAAUACAUUUAUGUGAUUGGUUCAGUUUUGGUUAGUUUCAGUUCAAUUUGUUAGAAAGGGAAACGGUCGUAAAAAAGUUUGUUCAAAAAACAUUUGAGGCUGAAAUUUUUUGGAAAAAGCCUGAAUAUUUUUUAAAUGGCGUCAUCAAAAACAAGUUUUCCUCAAUUCUAAUUUCCUGUCUAUUCAAAUUAAUUUCAGAUUGUUGACCUACUCUUCCUAUUUCCAUAUUCCGGAAUUCAAGUUGUCUCAUUUCUUCACAUCAAACAAUACAUUGAAGUUUCACAUUAUACAACAGUUUUAAAAUGGUGGCUUCAAGUUCUAAUUGGAAUUCAUUCAGUUUGUCAACCACUUUGUUAUUUUCGAAUGACUGAAUUCAGAAGACUCGCUUGUUGUGAUCCAAGAAGACCGUGGAAUCGAACAAAGAGUUUUUCACAAAUGAAUAAAAGUUUUGGUAAGUUUCAGAAAUUAUAAUUCUUUUGAAAAAAAAAUAUUUGUUUCUAAUUUCAGCUAAUACAAGAUCACAAAUGAAAGACGAUGAUAAUUGUGUUGUUUAUGCUGCUCCUUUAAAUGAGCCACUUUUAAAAGAUGGAGAAAUAACACCAGCAAGAAGUGAGAGAUCAAUUCAAAAUGCUUGGACUCGAGGAGAAUCUGUUCGAUUUCGAACUUAUGGAUCAGAACAUGCAGAUCGAGAUAUUGAAUUAGAAUCGGUUUGUGCAAACACAAUUGCACCAUUGGACCCAAAUCAAAAUUCACCACUUUUAUGA